AUGGCUCCCUUGAGCAAGAAACGCAAGGAACCUUUACAAUCUCGCACUAUCGUUGAUUUCUUCUCAAAUAACGCAUCUACGAAGAAAAGCAAGCUUCAAAACCCCCUUCCCAAAACGAACAAGAAGAACUCCAAAACUUCCUUAUCUCGGGAUAUCAUCAUCAUAGAUUCGGACAGUGACGAUUGUACAGCGAAAAGAGACAACGGGAAGACGCGAGCAAUCCCAGGUGCUCAGAAACAACACGCUUCUCCGCAAGGGGAAAAGGGGAAUCUACGUGGUUCUAAUGAAUGCGAGUGGAAGCCAUCUCUCACACGUGUCGCUUUGUCAAAUCAUGAAGAAUCUCAUGAGGAUAAACUCCCCACAUUUGGAAAGCCCGCUUUAUUGCAAGCGCCCGUUCAAAGCAGCAUGAACACUGUAGAAAGGAAGGAUACUUUACUCCAGUCGUCGGUCAUUAAAGCCACUUCCAGCAUUUCUACCUUUGGUGUUCCAACUUUGUUACUCCGGUCCUCAGUCGAGCCAACUCACGAGCUACUUUUUGAAGGAAACGCAUCUGCAGAAGUCGGUAUCCCCAAACCCUACAGGGAUCAUGGAAAUAUACCACAUUCUAUUGAUGUGGUAGAUGUCGACUUUACAGGUGAAGAUGAGCAAUGGGGUGUUGGAGACGAUGAGCUGGCCAUCAUCAAAGCCGCUAACGAUGACAUUGAGAUGGAGGAUGUCUCAGAACAACUCAAUGACUGCGUCCAUCCUGCUAGUUGCCCCAUCUGCGAGCUCGACAUAUCACGUUUACCUGGCUUGGUUGGUGACAUGACCACGCUGCAGAUGUAA